AUGGAAAAAGAAGAUGGUUUGAGGACAGUGGAGUGUCUAAGAGGAAGAUUAAUUGCAGAAAGAGCAGCUUCUAAAAAAGCAAAAGAAGAUGCAGACCUUAUGGGAAACAAGCUGAUUGAACUGGAGACAAAGUUGAAAGAAGAGAGCAAAUCAAGAAACAAAGCUGAGAAAAAGCUCAAAUAUUUUAUAAAAAAGCUUGAAUCCAUGAACAUAUGUUAUAUUUCAGAUGAAUCAGAGCACUCAAGUUUGUUUGAUAAAAGUGAAAUUUCAUCUGUUACAUCUACAACAACUACUAGUAACAGCAGCAAAAUAAUCUCUGAACAAAAUUCCCAAUUUAAAGACUCUAUGAUCAGUGAUUUUCAAGAGCUCAUAUCCCAAGAAAACUCAAUCAACUUUGACAAAAAUAGCAAAGAUGAUGACAACAAUUCUAAGGAGCUGGAANUUUGA